AUGUCUCUCGAAACAGCCCCUCUCUUCCAUUUGAAAACUGGUCUUCUACUAAACCCUCGGUUCCCUGCCUCCAUACCAAGUCGAUCUCCGCUUCACUACCACCGGACUUCAUUUCCUUCCCAGGCUUCUCAGUCUUUUCGCGCCAAAACAACAAUUAAGCCCAAAAAAACUGAACUUCCCGCUGUUUUGGAGUCUGAAACUGCGGUGACCGAGAAGCAAUCUGAGCCGCCAGUGAGAAUAGUCUCCAUUGUUGGCGCAGGAAGCAUAAGCCCUUUAAAAGGCGCUCCGUGGGAUGAGGUCAUGCUCCAUACAGCAAAAAGAUUGAAGUGGGUUGAUGAAGGAUAUGAAAUGCUGGUGUUUACUGAUGAUCUAUAUCAAUCCAAGGAUCAAACCGAGACUCUGCUAAAGGCAUUGAGCUGUGCAGAUAUACUGCUGAUAGUGGCCAUUACAGAUCAAGAAUCAGUCAAGUGGAUCCAAACCAAAAGCAAAAAUGUUCCAAACAUCGUAUGCUUUGACUCAUCUCCGAAUCUAGUGAACAAAUUGGGAGGAUCUUAUGUUCAGAAUGAGACCAGUGAAAUCUUCUUAUUUGGAAAAACAUUUGGAAUUUCUCAGUCGAAGAAAACUGGUGAUUCUAUGGAUUUAGUGCACACUGUAUCCGAAGCAUGGGACCGGCAUAAUUCAGAUGACAUUAGGUUCUGUGUGCUGGUAAUAAUCAAUGCGUAUAUAAGACCUGUAUCAAUCCUAAAGAACCUGAGAUCAAAGGGGUUUUCUACCUUGAAUUGCAUGGUUAAAAACUGUGGGCCUCAGAUAUUAAACUGUCUAUUGGAUCCUAACUGCAGGAAAGCUCUUCAAUGCUUGAACAAAUGCAGCCCAGUCGAUCAGGUGUGUAAUUAUAGAUGUAUUGCUUCUUAUGAGAGUCCAAAUCUGGAAGCAUUUUCUCUGUGUGUGUUGCAGAAGAACAAUUGUCUUGAAUUGGAUGCAAAGAUCCCUGAAAAACCUUAUGUGCCUCCAAUGGCUAAGUUUCGAGGGGAGGACUUAAGUAGCGAAAUUGCGGAGGAUCUUUUUGUGGGUUGGUUGGGAAGUCUGGACUGGAGUUGGCGGGUGGUUGCAGGACAGAACCCAGCUUAUGAUCAAUUUCCAUGUCAGUACCAGUUGUUCUACAGGGGGAAGGCAAAAGGUUCAUUUUGGUAUGAGCCAGUUUUCCAGGUCAAAACUCUCGAGGGGAAGGUAGUUUGGAGGAGAAGGAAGUAUCGCGUCAAAAGAGGCAAAAUUCCAGGAACAUUUUACUUUAGCGUUUUGGACAAUGGUGUUGUUUCGAAUGAAUUUUGGACGAUUGUGGAUGUAGCUGAUGAUUUUAGUUGGGGUUUAUUUCAUUACAGUGGGGCUGCUCGAGUUGCAGGACAGUCAUAUACAGGAGCAGUGCUUGUUAGUCCAGAUGGGGCCUACCCAGCUGAAAAGGAGAGCAAGAGAUUGGUUUCUGCUUUGGAAAAGUGUGGAAUAAAAGAGUGGGAGCUAUUUACUGUUGACAAUUGUUCAUGCCAAGAUCCUCCACUUGGACUUCCAGAGGGCUCAAGUUUGCAUUCUGCAAUUGAUGUUAAAGACCAGAAAUGGACCUCCACAUAG